ACUGUGUAUCUGCACUCAUGAUUUCACCAUGAGAUGCGCGUAUUGCGUACUGCACAGACGCACAGUCAGUGACUUAUAUAUUACAAACUUUGAAUCCGAUAGGACGUGUAUUAAAAUUUUAAAACUUUAAAUGUGACUUUAGAAUUUAAAAUAACUUAGUGAAAUUUUAAGUGAAAAAUAUCUAUAAAUUAUUUAUAAUAAUGGAUGUACCAGCAAAGGGAAAUAUUUUAGGACAUUACAUGCCGGCCCGGUACAUCCUUGCUAUCCUUGGUUCUAUUGGCAUGGCCAUUGUCUACGGUCUAAAGGUAAACCUGUCCGUGGCCAUGGUGGGCAUGGUGAACAACAGCGCCAUCAAGAACAUCAUAGCAGCCAGUGGUGGUAGUCAUAAUCAAACAAACUAUAAUGCCGAAGUGGGUGACGUUGAGUGUGAGGGUAGUAACUCUGAAGGAAAGGCCACAAUGGAGUUAGAUGGUCCAUUCAUAUGGUUGCCUGGAGUUCAAGGCAUCGUGCUCAGUUGUUACUUCUGGGGAUAUUUCGUAUCACAGUUGCCAGGUGGUCGGAUAGCGGAGUUAUUCUCAGCUAAAUGGGUGAUGUUUUUUAGCGUGACGAUCAACGUAGUAUGUACUCUACUGACCCCCGUGAUGGCGCAGGCGCACUACGCUGCCGUGGUCGUGAUGCGGGUUGGCGAAGGAAUUGGUGGUGGUGUAACAUUUCCUGCGAUGCACGUACUGUUGUCUAAAUGGGCACCACCAGCCGAGCGCAGCGUCAUGUCGGCUUUGGUUUACGCGGGAACCUCUCUUGGCACCGUCAUAUCCAUACUUACGGCUGGAGUGUUGACCGCCAACGUUGGAUGGGAGAGCGUUUUCUACGUGAUGGGCGGUUUGUCAUGUAUCUGGUGUGUAUUAUGGAUACUCUUGGUGCAAGACACGCCGCAGCAGCAAUCGCUGAUUAGCGCUGAGGAGCGGCAGAUGAUCGUCACCUCGCUCGGAGGGAAGGAAGGUGGUCAUGCACAGAAGAAGUUACCAGUACCGUGGCGUGCCGUCCUCAAAUCCCCUGCCUUCCUCAGCAUCUUAGUAGCUCAUGCGUGCUCCAAUUGGGGCUGGUACAUGUUGCUGAUCGAGCUGCCCUUCUAUAUGCAGCAAGUUCUGAAGUUUAAUAUGACUGAGAAUGCAGUAACUACAUCUCUUCCUUUCCUCUCGCUGUGGAUCUUCAGCAUGUGCUUAAGUCGCACGCUAGAUUGGUUGACCAGCAAGUCAUACAUCACGACCACGAUCGCUCGUAAAGUUGCCACUUUAUUCGCGUCAGUGGUGCCGGCCGUGUGCCUGCUGGCGGUGUGCUACAUCGGCUGCGCCCGCGCCGCCGCCGUCGCGCUAAUGGCGAUCGCGGUCACCUGCAUCGGCGGCAUGUUCUGCGGCUUCCUCUCCAACCACAUCGACAUCGCACCCAAUUUCGCUGGCACUCUGAUGGCUUUAACAAACACGAUAUCUACAAUACCUGGCAUUGUCGUGCCUAUAUUUGUGGGAGCAUUAACUCAAAAGAAUCAAACAAUUUCAUCAUGGCGAAUAAUAUUCUUCGUGACGAUAGGGUUGUACAUUGUCGAGAUAGUGGUGUACACGUUAUGGGGAUCCGGUGAGGAGCAACCCUGGAAUAAGAUACCGGAGUCAAAUGAUAAUAUUGAGACUAAACCUUUAAAUAACGACGAAAAAAAGAGUACCGUUUAAUAGAUAUAUUAUAAUUUAAUAUGUGUGUAAUGAAAGUUUUUAAUUUAUUUAUACACAGUGAAAUUGGAGUUGGAGUUAUCUAUGCACAAAAUAUAUUUUUUUAUUACAAGCUCAAAUUUAUUAUUAGCAUCCUUUUAUGAGAAUGCUAUGCUUAUUAAUAAACUAAAAAUCAACUAAACUCAAGUAACUAAACAUUUUCCCAACUCAACAGAAAUAUAGAAAAGGAAUUAAAUAUUUCGAAGAAUUUAGUAUGGAAUGCUCUAAAUUUUUCGUCGUUAAUUUUUACUGGUAGAAAACUCUUUUGUUAUGUAAUGUAAUGUAAAUUGGACUCUCUAUUCCGCGCUUAGCCUCUCAUUUGGGCGGUUGUGCGUAUGAGUCGUGGCUAGUACAGCCAACCCAGCUCCGCCCAGAAGCACACAAGUUUCCUGGAAUCUUCCCAGGCGUCACGGAGCGACCUAGAAAACUCUUUUGAAAGGAAGUUAUUAAUUUGAAAUGUAUUUUGUUAUCAGUGUAUUACCGUUGGUAAAUUGCAUUUAGAUUAUUCCGUCUGUUAUAGGUAAGUAAGCUAUUUACUUGUGACAAGAAAUAGAAAUUUUAUGAAUGUUUUUACUAAGAGUGUUCAUAACGAAGUAUGGCAACGUCGUAAUUAUUUGUCAAUUUUUAAAAACAAUUGAAUAUUUUUCAAUAUUUUUGAUUGAUUAUCUGAAAAGUGCUAGCUAACUAAAAGGUUAAUCAUGCUACGAUAUUCUUAUUUUAAUAAUUUGGAUUUUUUGGUAAAAACAUAUUAGAGAAAUUUCAAAACAAAAUAUGAAGUAGGCGCAAUGUUUUUAGUGGCUGAUUUAUAUGCAAUAUUUUAUAUAUAUUAUUAUAUUUUAUGAUUAAAGUUUUUAGCUUACUAGCACUAGAGCACUUUGUUUUCUCUUUGUUUGGAAUAAUAGGUAAUUUAUUAAUUAAUUUAUAUUAAUUAUACAGUAUAUUACUUAAAUAAAUUUGUAUAAUCAAUACCACUAUCCUCUAAUUACUAAUUAUAAAAACAAAACUACGGUUGUAUAAACAGAUAUGGUAUCUAAUAGCAUAAGAAUUCCAUUUGUAAGUUAUAUCAGCAGUUCCAUUAUUUCCUUUCUGUAAAAAACUGCUGACAGUGCAAAACAAAUCUAAAUUACCUUUUAAAUAAUCAAUAAGAAAGAUUGAAAAUUAUUUUUGGAAAUUGAAAAAUAAUUGCGACGUUGCCACGCUUCGGUAAUCAAAAGAGUUAUGAAUUCCUGUAAAGACUCAUGAAUCUCAUAAAAUAUCUUUCAAUGUGUCUGUACGUAAUGACAUAAUGUUAUUGUUGAUAUAUAUCGACCUGCAUUGACAUUAAAAUAUUGGAAUACCUAAUUGGCAUUAGGUAUUCCAAUAUUAGGUACCUAAUUGGCAUUAGGUAUUCCAAUAGGUAUUGAGAACCAUUCGGUGGUUGGUUUGCUCACUUUUAUCAUAAGAAUAAAUAUUUAUUUUAAUUUUUAUAAAAAAGGAUGUUCGAGUUCUGUAUUUGUACAUUUAUAUAUUUUUUGUACUUAUUGUUAAGGGAAACCGAAUUAUUGACAUAUCACAUAAAUAUUAAAAAAUAAGUAGCUAUUUCAUAUUUUAAUUUUAUGUCGGAAAGGAAACAGGUUGAUAGAUUUAUUUAAUUGGGUAGGUAUUGCAAAAUAAUGAUUUGUUAUCUUUUAUAAUCGCGCCGUUUCCUUAAAGCGGCAAACAGUGGCCUGGUUAAUUUCGUUUGAACAAUUUAGAAAUACAUGUAUGUAAAAUGUAUAUAAUUAAUAUUUAUUUUAAU